GACACACAAAGAACAACACAGCCUUAUUUGUCGCACGUUACGACAGUCAGUGUCACAUCACAGCCCCUGGGAACAAGCUGUGUUCGAGAGCGGGGAGAAGAUGGAGUCGCUCCGACGCCGGCUGCCCGCCGAUCUGUUCGGGCUGGCCCAGCGGGGCGGGCGGCAGGAGCCCCCGGGUCUGAGCUUCGGGCUGGACCGGACCACCGCCCACCGGGAGCUGCGGAUCCUGGAGGACGGGCUGACCAUCGAGCGGGGCGACCGGCAGGAGGACACCGACACCAUCAAGAAGGUGGCCGACAGGACGAGAGGAAGGUUUAUGGAUGGAAGAAACUUUGCAGGAAACCCUGCAGUUCUGGGUGACGUGGCGUUGUCCCGGGGGAGUCACUACUGGGAGGUGGAUGUCAGCUUCAGCUCGUCCUACCGCGUGGGGCUAGCUCUGAAGAACACCCCCCGGGACCUGUUCGUCGGUAGCAACCCGUUGUCGUGGUGUCUGGACAGAACGAUCGAGGAAUAUUCCGUGCGGCACGACAGGAUAAAGGACAAGAUCCGCAUGCUGGGGCACCUGGAGCGGCUGGGGGUGUACGUGGACUGCGACUCCGGCAGGCUCGCGUUCUUCGACGCGGAGAAGAAAAGUCUGAUUCACGACGUGACCGUGGACCGUGCCGAGCCGCUGUACCCGGCCUUCGCGCUGUGGAACGGGUUCAUCAGCGUACAGACCGGCUUCAGGGUACCGGACUACAUCAGUAAGGCGUUCGGGAAGAGAGAUGGCGGUGGGAUGAACAACAUCGUACAGUCACUCAACAUAAAGAGGCUACGGUUUAUGUGAAAUAUGUAUAAGUACAGUAUAAAGGAGCUUUAUCAAAUUGACGUUACUCAAUGUAAACACACUAUACAGACUGGUGGAAGAUAAUAUUUUGCAUAGGUUACAAGGCAUGUUCAAAUAUACAUGUAUAUAAAACUCAAUCUAAUUUGAAAUCCGAAUGAAAUGUGUAUUUGUAGAUCAAGAUCUGGGUCUCGUAAUUUGCGUUUAUCAAAACUGUAUUUUUUUCCAUGUUCCCUAGACAAACGUAAGAGAUAUUGACUUAACGUACUUCGACAAGCAGAAAUUGCCAGAAUGUUGGAGAAUGGAGAUGUAGAUCAUGGUUUGCUUGGUGUACCCUCCACGACUAGUCUGAAGAUGGUGCAAUAACGCCAUCUAGCGCCUACAUUUAGUACGACCUUGGAAGUUGUUGACCGGUUCAUGCUGUCACUACUUUUGAUCAAGUGCUGUAUUGCUUCCAUCUAACGCAACAUAUUCUGUGCAUUUUAUCGGCAUUACCAAGCUCGUAACCCUUAUCACAAGGGAAAGAUAAUGUGUACAUAUAUAGUAUACAUAGUACCUUUUAUUUGCCUAGAUUGUCCCAUGUUUUGAUUCUUAAAGCAUAUACGUAUUUGCUCAUUGUCAACUUGCACUUCCUAUUCAAGCUACUUUUAGUAAGACGAUGUUAUUUUUCUAUAAUAAAAAGGGUAUGUUUACUGUCAAAAGAUGUGCACGGCAAA